AUAAAGUAUAUGCAAACCCCCACCCCCGCAAAACCACCUCCCCUUUUUUAUUUUGUUUUUCCCCUUUUCUUCUUCUUCUCUCUCUGUGGUUUGUUGAACUAGAUUUAAUGUUGGGGUUUGAGUCUGGAUGAUAAAGAUAGAGACUUGCAGUAAAUACAUAUUCGUACAGAAACUGAUAUUAUCUAAAAAUGUUUCUUGGCUCUGACCCACUUUUCUUUUCUUGAUCUGUGCUUAUCUUCUCUCUGAAAAUUCUUGGUCUUUGCUGACUUUUGAUGUUCUUCUUCUUGUUUUAAGGUAUUCCAAGAAGAAGUUAUGGAGCUUUGAUUAUCCUAUAGUACUUUGCAGCUGUAACUAUUUGUCAAGCUUGCUUUAGAUUACUGGAAGCUUACCUGAUAAGAAAGAGUAGAUGUCGUUCCGCAGUAUAGUUCGGGAUGUAAGAGAUAGUUUUGGUAGCUUAUCAAGGCGGAGCUUCGAUAUAAGGCUGUCUGGUCAUCACAGGGAUAAAUCACAUGGUUCAUUUUAUGACUUAAGCGACCAGCCUCCUGUUAUUCAAGACAGUUGUUGGGCCAAUCUUCCUCCAGAGCUCCUUUUUGAUGUAGUUAGAAGGUUAGAGGAGAGUGAGAGCACAUGGCCUGGUCGUAAGCAUGUCGUAGCAUGUGCUGCAGUUUGUAGGUCAUGGAGGAGUAUGUGCAGGGACAUUGUUAGAAAUCCUGAAUUUUGUGGAAAGCUGACUUUUCCUGUUUCCCUAAAGCAGCCUGGGCCUCGUGAUGGAACUAUCCAAUGCUUCAUCAAGCGGGAUAAAUCUAAUUUGACUUACCAUCUUUUCUUGUGUCUUAGUCCCGCAUUGUUAGUUGAAAACGGAAAGUUCCUUCUCUCUGCAAAAAGAAACAGACGUACUACUUGCACAGAGUAUGUUAUCUCAAUGGAUGCAGAAAACAUCUCUAGAUCAAGCAAUACCUAUAUCGGAAAACUAAGAUCAAAUUUUCUAGGUACAAAAUUCAUUAUAUACGACACACAGCCUCCUUACACCUGUGCGCAUGUCCCCGCUCCAGGGCGAACAAGCCGUAGAUUCAACUCCACCAAAGUCUCUCCUAAAGUCCCAACAACUGGAAGCUAUACCAUAUCCCAGAUCACAUACGAGCUGAAUGUGCUUGGAACACGGGGUCCGCGGAGAAUGCACUGUGUUAUGCACUCAAUUCCUGCGUCAGCACUUGACGCUGGUGGCUCUGUGCCUGGCCAACCAGAGCUUCUCUCAAGGCCCCUCGAGGAUUCGUUUCGCAGUAUCUCUUUCUCAAAGUCACUUGAUCAUUCCACUGAGUUCAGUAGCGCGCGAUUUUCUGAUAUUGCUGGAGGAUCAUCAACUAAUGAGGAAGACGAUAGCAAGGGAAAACCACUGGUCCUGAAGAACAAGGCCCCUCGAUGGCAUGAACAACUGCAGUGCUGGUGCCUAAAUUUUCGAGGGCGGGUGACAGUUGCAUCUGUCAAGAAUUUUCAGUUGAUAGCUGCCACUCAACCACCUGCUGCGGGACCUACAACCUCUCAGCCGCCAACAAGCCAAUCAGACCAUGACAAAAUCAUCUUGCAAUUCGGGAAAGUAGGCAAAGAUAUGUUUACCAUGGACUACCGGUAUCCCCUAUCUGCAUUUCAGGCUUUCGCUAUCUGCUUGAGCAGCUUUGACACAAAAUUGGCUUGUGAAUAGAGGCUAAACAUUUUUACAUUAGGUUGCUAAUAUUAUUAACUGUAAUGCUUCUAUUCUGGAUUUAUUGUACGUCCUUCUUUUCACCAUUAGAAAUGGAGAUUGUCCCUAAAAAACCUGAUUAUAAUCAUAUCUUUGUUCCGGUGAGAA